UUACGAACCAGCUGAAAUGAUAGUGACAUUGGGUGAUGGAAUCGAAACAAGACCAGUAAAAAUCAACCGAGAAGUAAGACAAGGAGACACAAUAUCUCCAAAUUUAUUUACAGCUGUGCUAGAAGAUACCUUUAAGUCAAGAGACUGGGAAAAUAAGGGAAUCCCUAUUAACGGAAGAUACUUGAACCAUCUUAGAUAACGCAGAUGAUGUAGUACUAAUAGCUGAUACGUGGAAUGCACUGAAUACGAUGAUUGAGGAGCUACACACAGAAUCCCUAAAAAAAGGACUGAAAAUGAAUUUCAGCAAAACUAAACUAAUAUCAUACAAAGAUAACAAAUCUAUGAUAAACAUCGAAGGGACAGAGAUAGAACACGUAGGUGAAUAUACAUAUCUGGGCCAAAAAGUCAAAGUAAGCAAAGAAAAUCAGACUACCGAAAUAAGCAGACGUGUAAAAAUGGGAUGGGCAGCAUUUGGAAGGCUCUUAUAUGAAGCUCAAACCUGGACAUUCACUAAAAUAAACAUGGAUAAGAUAAAAAAACUCAGAGAGCUAUGGAACGACAUAUGUUGGGCAUCUCACUUAAAGACCAUAAAACCAAUGAAGACAUUCGUAAUAGAACAAAAGUAAAAGAUGCUGUCGAACAGGCAGCUAAACUGAAAUGGAAAUGGGCUGGACAUAACGAACGUCUUACGAAUGACC